AUGCGGGUGGGCCUCCCCCGGGCCCUCCGUCACGUGACAGAGGUCGCCCCUCCUCCGGCUCCCCCCCUCAGGGAGCCGCUCGGCGAUUCAGAGUCCGGGGCGCGGCCCCGGCCCCUGUAUGACGCGGGCGCAGCCCCGCCCCGGGGGCGAGGCGGCGGGCGGUAUUCAGGGUCCGGGGCGGGCGGGAUCCAGAGCCCCGAGGAGGCCGAGGAGGAGGAGGACGGCGGCGGCGGCGGCGGCGGCCCCGAGGCGGAGCUGAACCUGUCGCGUCUCGGCGUGUCCCCGGAGGCCGUGCGGUGGGAGCUGGAGGCGCGGGGCGGGCGCGGGGCGGCGCGGCGGCUCCUGCUGCCUCACAACGGGCUGCCGGCGCUGCCGCCGGGCCUGGCCGCCCGCUUCCCGCACCUGCUGCUCCUCGACCUGAGCGGCAACGCGCUGAGCGCCCUGGGGCCCGAGCUGCUGGGCCUCCGCUGCCUCCGCACGCUGCUGGCCAAGAACAACCGGCUGGGCGGGCCCGGGGCGCUGCCCAAAGGACUGGCCCGCGCCCCCCUCGCCCGCUCCCUGCGCGUCCUCAACCUCAGCGGAAACCGCUUCCGACGACUCCCGCCCGCCCUCCUCGGCCUCACCGCCCUCCAGAGCCUCAGCCUCGGCGGCAACCUCCUCCACACCAUCCCCCCCGACAUCGAAAACCUCACCAGUUUAGAGUUUUUAUACCUUGGCGGAAACUUCAUCAAAGAAAUCCCUCCUGAAAUCGCCAACCUGCCUUCUCUGAACUACUUGGUGCUGUGUGACAACAAGAUCCAGAGCGUCCCUCCCCAGUUAGCCCAGUUGCACUCGCUGCGGUCGCUGAGCCUUCACAACAACCUCCUGUCGUACCUGCCCCGGGAGAUCCUCAGCCUGGUCCAGCUGCAGGAGCUGAGCCUGCGUGGAAACCCGCUGGUGGUCCGCUUCGUCAGGGACCUCACGUACAACCCCCCGAGCCUCCUGGAGCUGGCGGGCCGCACCAUCAAGACCCGCAGCAUCGCCUACACUCCCCGGGACCUCCCCGAAAACCUCGUCCGCUACCUGGACUUAGCCAGCAACUGCCCCAACCCGAAAUGCGGAGGCGUCUACUUCGACUGCUGCGUCCGGCAGAUCAAGUUUGUCGACUUCUGCGGGAAGUACCGGCUGCCCCUGAUGCACUACCUGUGCUCUCCGGAGUGCUCGUCCCCCUGCAGCUCCGCCUCGCACAGCUCCACCUCCCAGAGCGAGUCCGACUCGGAGGACGAGGCCGGCGUGGCCGCCCGCAGGAUGCAGAAGGUCCUGCUGGGCUGAGCUGCGCGCCUCGGGGGCCGAGGACCCGGCCGGGCCGCUCCGCCGCCUCGGGGUCGUCGGCCUCUCCUCCUCCUCUCCCGGGCGUCCCCCGCCCCCCGCCUCGGCGGAAGGCCCGGACUGCCCCGGCCGGGGGCCGGCCGCGCCGCCGUUCCAGAGCGACGGCGAGAAGGCCGGCCGUCAAGCGUUUUCGAGUCGGCGGGCCGUCGCUCUGCCGGAUUCUUGGCCCCGGCAGGGAGGGGUGGGGGUGGGCAACAGACAGCGAGCGGGGCCGGGCCGGGCACCGAAGGGCUGGAAGCUCCGGGUGGAAGGAGGGGCCCGGGGGAGAGCGGGCGCGGUCUCCCGCCCAGACCACCGCCGCGCCACCUUGCCCACCGCCGGGUCUUCCGACUCUUCCACCCUCCUCCCGUCCCGCCCGUCUUCCCUUCUCCUCCGAGCCUAGUCCUCCUCCGGGAGCGGACUCUCGGGGUCCUCCGGGACCACGUCCCUCUCGAGCUCCGGUCCUUCCUCUCUCGUCCCGAACUUCUUCUCCUCCGUGACCACCGCCACUGUGCCUUUACCCGGGCGGUUUCCGUCCCCGGGCCACGGUGCCAACGUUGCCUGGAUUCCGGUGUCCUCGCCAGGGCCGAGGGACGAUUCCCAGUGAGCUUCGACGCCUCUGCCCACCUGCUCUCGGGACCGAUCUGGGCUUUGGUAGCCGCCGCCCGCCUCCGCUGUGCAGUAAGGAGUCCCCGGUCGGGCGUGGGGAUGGUCAGGACCGUGCCCCGGAUCCCACCCGCGAGCGAGUCUCUCCCGUGGUGGAGCCCGACUCCUCCCGGAGACCCGAGCCCGAGACGGGGACCUUUCUCCGCCUGCCGGGCCUGAGGGAGGUGCGCGGACCGGGCACUGCCGGGGACUGGAAGUGUGCCCUCUUCACGUGUGCCCGUCGUUGCCCACUUCGAGACCAAACGAGGCGUCGCUUCUCGGCCAGGCGAGGACGGGCCCGGCGUUUUUAGCACUCCGCAGCUGCGCUGUCGGCUCGCCCCCGCGAGCCUCUAGACCGGCAGAAGGCUCGGUGAGCCGGGGGUGGCUCAGCUGCGUGUCGAUCCUGACCCUGCCUUCUCAGGGCAGGAUAGAGCCCUGGCACCCUCCCUCCCGGGAGAGAGGGCAAUUUCCCCUUCGCUCUCAGGCUGACCCUCGUCGCCUGGAGACCCAAAUGCCAAGCCCCUUCCCGGGCAAGCGGCUGGAAGAGUCGGAGGGAGGCUUCGUUCCCGCCCUCUCCCUGGGAAUUCCCGUCCAGCGCUGAGAUUCUAGGUCCCGGGGCUGGGGGGAGGGCGGCGGGGAGAAGCAGCUUCUCUCCCGCGGCACGCUUGUUCCCCCCCCCCCCCCCCACCCCCAGCCUUAUUGGAGACGUGUCCGGUCCUGCGUCACCCCCCCAACACGUACACACCUCCCACGCCAAGACCGAACCUCCCUAGCCUCCGGAGGCGGCCUGGGUGGAAGCUUGGGUGAAAAGCUACGGCCUGUGGCGACCGUGACUUCUGAGAUCCUGGAGAGAAAUCUCCGCUCUCGGGAGGGGAGAAGCGGUUCUGUCCACCGGCCUAUUUUCGCUCUGUCUCUGUGUGUGUCUCCUCCUCAUCCCCCCCUCGCCCCGUCUCUUUACGCCCCUUCCCCGCCCCCAGCCCGGAGAAAAAAGGGCCGAGAAGCGUCCCCCUGUCAUGGGCCACUGGGCUCGGGGGCCCAGACAGCACUUCCGGGUGCCAGCGGGAGCCAUCGAGGCGGGGGGGCGGGACCCAGAUCCAGUUUCUCAGGGCCGCCCGGCCCUCUGGAUCUGCGGCUUUUGGAUGUCUUGAAAGGAGCCCUUUGGCGGCUCGGGGAAGACAAGCCGCUGCCUUUGUUAUCCCCCCGCUGGCCGAACUGAAUAAGGAAACUUAAUCCAAUGAGCGUAAUGAGAAUUAAUCCCCACAAUCGCAUCUUUGUUGGAAGCUCAAGGAGCACUUCGAUGCAUCUAAUUCACACGGCCGGCAAGGGGUCCCCGACCCUUUCACGCGGGCCCCGGCUCCUCAGUUACCACGGGCCCGCCCCCGUGAGGGGGUGGGUCACGUGACCGUAGAAGACGGGCUCGGUCCUCUGUCGCCGGCCCUGAAUUGCACCCGAUUCAGAAUCAAGUGCCUUACUCUAUUUCCUUUUCCCCCUUUCCAAAGGAUCUGGCCAGAAGCCUCCGGGCUGGGAAUUCCCACACGGAGCCGGCGUUCCCUUGAGCCGUCGUACGCCCGGCGUGAAAUCAAAAGCGGCCGCCGUUAUUUCCCAGAGUCCCGUGCCUGCGCGGGCAGCGACGCCUCGGACUUCGGGGCCGUCCGCCCGUUAGGCCAAUUAACACCGCGCGCCGUUUAGGCCUCGGGAGAGUGCCGCGGUUGGACGAGAUCCCCGUCGCCAGGGAGCUUGCAAUCCAGCGGGGGAGGCGGGCACGGCCUAACGGGUUAGGAGGUGGACGUGCCGAAGGGCGCGUGCUUAAAAAGGAAAGGGGGGGGGUGCAAGUCGACGGGUGCCCCGGGCGGGAUUGUGAGCGCACAGGGCCGAAGAAGGUUGCCGGAAGGUUGCGCCCCCCGGGAGAAGGAAAGAACCCAGUCGCCGAUUCGGAGAUGUGUCUGCCGUGGUCUUGCACGCCAGCCGGCGGGGCGGAGAGACCUGGUGCUUUAUGCCGUCACCGCGAUGGGACUUGAAAUGUUGGGCCAAACUGGCGCGGGGGAGGAGGAGGAGAGUUUUAUCUGCGAGACUGUGGGCGGGUCUCCCCCCGGUCAGCCCAGAACGCUCCCUGACGGACGGCUGCCGCCCCAGCCCGCAGACACGCUGCGAAGCGUCCCUCUGGGCAGACCUGUUGCGCCUCAGGUCCGGCGCCUUGAGGCUGUUCUCGAGCGCUUAGCACAGUGCUCUGCACACACAGCGCUCAGUAAGCACAGAAUCAUUCGAUUCAGGCGGGACUCAACGGAGUCGAGACGGCGCUUACUGCCGGGGAGGUGGUUUUCUGGUUAGAUUCCCUCUUCCCUACUGGACCACUGGGUUCUGGCCGUUGGCUCGACCAUCUUCGCUUCUUCCCCCCUCGAGGCUUUCUCAUCCCUUACGCCCGUAAGAGAGGACCCUCCUCGUGGGCACGGUGGCCCUGUGUUUCUGUUGCAUCCCCCCAGCGCUCGGUGCGGUAGACUGCACCCGGUAGGCGCUCAAUAAAUGCCGUUCCUGCCCCUUGC